AUGACCCCAAGUCCUCGCUAUGACAUAGACGGAAUACUGUCAUUUGGGCGCCACGCUACCGCAGAAGAACUUGCAAAGCUAGGGCCACCACCUAAAGCCCGAUCUCUGUCUCAAGUUGAUUCACCGGAUCUCUCCCUUCCGACCACCACUGAUGUCUCCCUUCCGACCACCACUGAUGUCUCCCUUCUGAACACCACUGAUGUCUCCCUUCCAAACACCACUGAUGUCUCCCUGCGGACCACCCCAUAUGUCUCUUCUCCCAACUGUUUGUCCAUCCCAGGAUCAGGACAUAACAAGGAGCCUAGUACCAGUGGUGGUCUGAUGCCUUCAGAGAUUCCAAACAGUCACACCAUCAGGGAAGACCUACAACAUGCGGCCCGAUUGCUGUUUGAGAGAGUGGCCAGUGAAAACCAUGAAGACCGAGCUAUUGAAACAAUCACCGAGAUGUUGCAGGAAAUCUAUGAAAAAGGAGUGUCAGCUGGGACAAUGUUCCCGUGGGACACUAAACCGGCUUCCAUUUCACCCACAGUGAUGUCUGCUUGCUCCGAAUUUGUCAAGUUUCUCAAGAGGAUUGCGGAAACAACCAACAUUCUUGAUGUGAUUCCUGAGACAGCCUUAGCUAGAUCAAGAGAACUGCUAAAUGAUCUUUCUACAUUCAUAAAAGAAGAGCUUGGAGUAGUGUCCGUACCAAUAUUACUUACACUGGCCGGCUGCCUCCUUUAUAAUGGUCCCUCAGACCCCAGUCAGAAGACAACUUGA